AUGAACAGACCCAGUUGCGACCACUAUGGUUGCACAGUUCCAAGACACCCGGCAACAGCGACCGAAGCAAGCGUAGAGCACGAUGAAUCUCGAGCGGGGCCAUCACGGCAUCGAAUAUGUGCAUCGGAUGCAAUAACGGGAUCGACAUUGUCUUUUCGCUCCUACCCGAUCGCUUCCAUACUCGAGACAUCGUCGUCUUGGUCAUCGUCAUCGGCUUCGUCGUCGUCUGCUUCGCUCUACAAACGCACCGUCGACCACGCACGGUCGUUGCGAUGGACGAAAGAGGAGACGGAUGAGUUUUUGCUUGCGCAUCGAACUGUUGUGACGGCAGGCACGGCUUCGCUCGUCUCGACGGCGGCGUCGUUUCCGUUUGACUCGGUCAAGUCGCGGCUGCAGGUUCGCGACUAUCCGUCCAUCUGGGCAUGCGCUAAAGCCGUCGUUCGCGAAGAAGGGUUUCGCGGCUUCUUUCGUGGCGUCACUAUCCCGCUCAUCACCAUAUCGUUUGUUCGAACGUCUUCCUUCUCCAUCUACUACAACACUAAAGCACACCUGCAUCGUAAUGGCGUACUCAACGACUCGUCGCGCUUGAUACACACCGCGCUCUCAGGCGCAGCCGGAGGCGCCACGAGCGGUGUCAUUAUCUCGUGCGGUUCGGCACCGUUCGAGCUGGUCAAAGUGCAACGUCAGUUAGAGUAUCUGAUUGCGGUGCAGAAAGGCUUGGUCAAGAAGUCCGACCCAAACGGUGGUCGAGCAAGAACGUUUGUACCUCAAUCCGGCUUUCAAGCCGCCGCCAACAUCUACAAAACCUUUGGCGGCAUCAAAGGGUUCUACAUGGGUUUCCCAUUGCACAUGGCUCGCGACACACUCGGAACAGCGCUCUACUUUGGCUUUUACGAUUCGAUCCGUAAACUCGUCUCUCGCCACUCCAAGACGGAUAGCAUAUCGGGUGCGAGCCUGUACGGUAUCCCGGGACCCGUGGUAUCCUUCCUCUCGGGCUCAUCUGCGGGUAUUUUGUCGUGGUUGAUCGUCUACCCUGUCGAUCUGAUCAAGACCAAAGUGCAGCGAGAUGCACUAGCGGGCAAUCCGAGACAGUUUACUGGAUGGCAGGUGUUUCUGCACAUGAUCAAACAACGCCCACCAAUACACGAGGAGCGCGGCAAAAGGCGCAUCUUGAAGACCGACACCUUCUUGGCCAGAUUCUUGAGGCUCUAUCGUGGAUUGGGCGUUUCCGCGUUGCGCAGCUUUAUCUCGCACGGUCUCACUUGGACGCUCAUUGAGUCGAUUUCCGCCAAGAUCACCGAGCGCACCGGACACGCAGUUUCCUAUGCCCCCGACGCUCGCAGAGAGCACUAA